AUGGAGACAAAGGUCAGUGAAUCUUCCUCCUCUGACCCAGGACAUUCAUUUGAAGUAAUUAAGGUAUGUUCAGAUCUACCUAAAAUUGUUGAGAGAUUCUGAUUUGAUGGAAUCAAUUUGUUCUAAUGGACAUCAUAUGUGGAACUUAUUCUACGUGGGAGAAAUCUGGAUCGUCACCUGAUGCAAUCCUCGCCAAGUAUUGACAACCUAGGAUAUUCUCGGUGGAAAGAAAAAGAAGCACUGAUUCAAUAUUGGAUGCUAAACAAUAUUUCACCAAAGAUAAGUGAUAAAUUUCUUUUUCUGAAAUCUGUGAAGGAAUUGUGGGACAAAGUUCGUCAUGUUCACGCUACUAAACAUGACGAAUCCCAAAUUUAUAGAUUUGUGCAGAAAUCUCUGACUUUGGUACAAGGAACAUUGACUAUUCUGAAAUAUGCUUGCAAAUUGAAAUCCAUCUGGAGAGAAAUCGACCACUACAGACCAAUCAAGAACCUUGAUACUGAAGAACGAAAUUAUAUCAUGAAAGACAGGUUGUCUAAAUUUUGAUGGGGCUAAAUCUAGAAUAUGAGACUCUAGUAAAUCAGAUCCUUGCUCGAUAGGUAGUACCAGAUGUUGAAGAGGCAAUUGCAUUAACCAGACAAGAAGAAAAUACUAGAAAUUUGAGAAAUGAUUUGAAGACAGAAAAUGCUGCAUUCAGCACUCUCAAGGACAAAGAUACCUCUGUAUUAAAACAAGGGAAUAGUAAAGUACCAUUCAUCAAAGGAGAUCUUAAGACAGAUCUAAAGGCACACCUAUUCUGCACUUAUUGUUGA